AUGGGCAAAUACUCCGACUCCCCAGAGUGGGCCGACGUAACCCCCCUCCCCACAAACGAGGGCGGUCCCAAUCCCCUCGCCGCAAUAGCCUACAGCGACGAAUACGCAGAAACAAUGUCCUACCUCCGCGCCUGCAUGGCCGCUGACGAACACUCCCCACGAGUCCUCGACCUCACCGAAGACCUCAUCGACAUGAAUCCCGCCCACUACACCGUCUGGCUGUACCGCGCCAAAGUGCUGAUAAGCGUGCACGAAAAAAAGGGAGACUUGCUCGGAGGGUUGCGAGGAGAAUUAGAAUGGUUGAACGAGAUUGCACUGAGCCAUCAAAAGAACUACCAAAUUUGGCAUCAUCGGAAUCUGUUGGUGAAUAAGAUUGCGGAAGUUGGGAAUGGCAAAGGCGAGGAAGUGGAUAUUUCCGCCGAGCGAGAAUUUGUGGAGAAGAUGUUUGGGUUGGAUGCGAAGAAUUAUCAUGUGUGGAGUUAUCGGCAAUGGCUGGUGAAGAGGUUUGGGCUUUGGAGGGAGGAUGAGUAUGGGGAGUUGGAGUUUACGGAGAGGAUGUUGAGGAAAGAUGUGAGGAAUAAUUCUGCGUGGAAUCAUCGGUGGUAUGUGAUUAAUGGGAAUGGAGGGGGUGUGGAGGGUGAUGAGGACGUGAGGGAUAGGGAGAUUACGUUUGCGAAGAAGGCGAUUGAGAAGGCUCCGCAGAAUUGUAGUCCUUGGAAUUAUUUGAGGGGGGUGGUGAGGAAGAGUGGAGUGGGGCUGGGGAGUUUGAAGGGGUUUGCGGAGCAGUAUGCGGAUUGGGAGAAGGUUGAGGGUGUGAGGAGUAGUCAUGCGCUGGAUUUGUUGGCGGAUAUCCUUGGGGAGGAGGAGGGUGGUGAUGGGAAGGCGAGGGCUGGGAAGGCGUUGGAUUUGCUGGCUACGAGGUAUGAUCCUAUCCGGAAGAAUUAUUGGGAGUAUCGGAAGGGAUUGUUGGGAUUGGCGCCGACUGUCGCUGCUGGUGCUGCUUGA